AGAGAGAGAGAGAGAGAGAGAGAGAGAGAGAGAGAGAGCGCGCGACGCACAGUUUAUUUAUUCAGAGCUUAUAAUCAGUCCGCGCUCCAAAUGCAAACUAAAAGCAGCCGGUUUACACCUUUAACAGAUUUUUCGGAAUAUUUAUUUGUUGUUUUUUUGGUCAAGAUUUCCAUCUGUCGACACACGUAUUCGUGUUGAGUCGCGGGUAAAAGGUCGUUUUUGGUUUUAAUACGCGCAGUUAGGCAUAAAAAACGUGCAUACGCUCAACCUGCAGCGAAUAUUUUUGUUUUUAUUGGCCAAAAGGAGAAGAUUAACAAAUAAAAAAAAAUAAAAAAAAAAAAAAAACAGGGACAUCAAAAAGCCAGAAGGGUAACGAGAGGACAGCAGCGCCGGAAAACAGUAAUGAUUGUGAUUAAAUGCGUCAGAACAGCUGUAUGUGCAUGUGAACCUUGCUGCUGACAUAAACUUGACGACACAAAGCUGCCAGUUUCCAUACGCACAAGAAGAAACAACAGAUUCGUCUUGAGCAUCUGCCUCAUCUCUGCAUCAAGGAUGGUACAGCCAGCAUUCCACUUCCUGUCAGGCAUGUCUGCCAGGUGUUUCCUGUUCCUGUGUGUGCUCAGUGCUCUCUGGGUCUCUCUGUGUAAUGGGGCGUGUGCAGAGGUGGAUUCGGACACUGAGGCGGUAGCAGGGGAAGGCUUUAAACUGGGCUGCAUUUCCUGCAAGAUGAGAGGAGAGGUGGAAGCCAGAGCUAUCGCCGACUGGUACUUCAGGGCUAAGGGAGAGACAGAGUUUGUACAUAUCUAUAACUACGAAAGCGAGGCAGCCGUCAUAAUCGACGACCGCUUCAGUGACCGCGUGUACUGGAAUGGCAGUAGAAAUACCCCUGACCUGCAGGAUGCCUCCAUUUAUAUCCACAAUGUGAGCUUUAACGAUUCGGGAGUGUACCGCUGCUUCUUCCGCCGAACCCUUCUCUAUGAUGCCUAUGAGUACGAGACUACCGCCACCAAGGUGGUGCACCUCACUGUGGUCGGCAAAGCGACACGCGGUACGGCCUCCAUCGUUUCGGAGGUAAUGAUGUACGUGUCAAUCAUCGGGCUGCAGCUGUGGCUGUUGGUGGAGAUGAUCUACUGCUACAGAAAGAUCUCUGCGGCCGGUGAUGAGGCCCUCAGAGCCAGCGCUGAGGAGUAUUUAGCCAUAGCAUCGGAAAGCAAAGAUAACUGCACAGGAGUGCAGGUGGCUGAAUAACAGAGGCUUUACCUGAGUUACCCUCAUGCCUCUUCAUGUUCCUGUCUUCUGCUUCCUCCUGACAUCGUCACAAAUAUCCAGUUGGAUUCUGCCCAUUUUUCUACUUUUUACCCAAUCUUUUAAUUCAAGCCUUUCGAUGUUCCUGCACUGUUUUGUGGUAGUUUCGAACCGAUCCUUCUAGUUUCACAUGAAGGACUUCUUGGAUGAGUUUAUAAGAGUAUUAUUCAAGUAUUAUAUAAGAUCAGUAUAGAGUUCAGGAGAGCUUCAGGAACGAGUAUUGGCAAAACAAAUCCUUCUGAUUUGCAUGAAUGUAAAAAUAGGGCAUGAUUAUAGUCUCUUAUGUAUAUUGCACCUCAAACAUAUGCUUUGAUAUAGAAAAAGAUUGAAAUGCAUUACCUGUCUAUUGUACAUAUUAGGGUUGCCACCUGCUUUUUUUUUAAAUACUACUACUACUACUACUACUACUACUACUACUACUACUAAUAAUAAUAAUAAUAACAACAACAACAACAAUAAUAA